AUGGCUCCUCGUCAACGGACCACGGCUAACCUUGACGACUCGAGAUCAGAAGCCUCCAGCGGUACGAGAGAACGGCAUCCCACCGGCACGAAGGGCCGCAGGGCAGUCAACGCCGCUGCAACCAGUAACCCAAUAUCUUCCAAGGACCUUAAAGCAAGUGCAGCUACCACCACUACGACAGGCGGCCAAAAUGCUGAACCUGAUCAUUCCGGGGAGCCAUCUGGGAUCAAUUGGUCAAGCAUGCCACUUUCUGUCCUCCACCAAUACCGACAUGCCUAUAACCUUCCCUGUCCCAGCUCAUCCUCCUCACAAAUAUCCUCCAUCAUCCUAAAUCAAGGGAUUGGCCUCCGUUCCCCCACAACAAUCGCCGCUCGACGGGCCCAGCUCUCUGCACGGCGCAAAGCCGCGAAUGAUGCAAGCGCUUCACGACCUUCGAAAAAAGAUGAUAACACUAAUAAUACUGCGGUUGCCGCUAGUGGAAGUGGAGUUGGCAAUGGUAUGGACCUAGAGAGCAGUAGAGGCGUUGCUGGCAUGGACGUGCAUGGCAUUUCGACAUUUCGCGGUCAAGGAAGGGUAACGAAGGACCACCUUGCCACGGCGGUGAGGAAACAUUUUAAUAACGUUGGCCUUGUAGAGCAGGAUGCUAUUGCAAGGUUCUUGUAUAAGGUUCGCGAGGAGGGGAAGGGUCAUGAGUUUCGUCUGAGGUUCCAGCCGUGA